UAUUACGUGAUUGGUUGUAUUUGCUAUUUUUCUCACUCUGCUACAAAUCGCUCUGCUUUCGUCGCUUCUUUUUCUUCUCCACCUGGGUCUUUCAGCAGCGGGAUGACUUCGGGCACUUCACAGAUCCGCCAGCUUUUCGGAGAUUUUCUGUAAGUUGAUUAUCAGGUUUCACAGAAGAACAGCCAUAAAUUUGCUUAGUGGGGGGCUUUCAGCUGAUUUGCAUACAUUGUUGAAGAUGAUACUGAGCGGAAGAGUUGAGGAUGGAAAGAGAAAGUAGGAAAUAAAAAAGAUUGAUUACAAUCUUCAGAAGCUACAUCCAUCUGCAGUUGAGUGCACUUGUUAAUCAGUAAAACAAAUUAACAAUCAGGAGGAAGAAUUGGCAUUUAUCAGGUCUGGACAGCAUACUGCUCAGUACAAACAAAAUGGAUGUGGCUUUUUCUCCUGUUAAGUUAGUGAAGGUCAGAAGUCUUUGCCGAAGGGUUAAUGAAGCUAUAUGGUUUUUCAGUUAGGAGCACAAGAAGCUCCAAAGAUCUCUGCACAUCCAUAUUAACCAUUCUUAUUAAAGGGUUCUAUCCAAGAAAUGUUAUCAGAUACUGCUUAAUGUGCUUUGACUAAAAGAUUCUUCUGUGCUGUUGGUGCCGAUAUAUACUAAAGAUGGACAGAUCAGACACAUCUGGCUUUGUUAGUGGGGGAAGUGGGAUAUUAGAAUUUCUUCUACUUUUUCAUUUAGUUCUGAUAUAUCGGACUGCUUGUAGCACAUCGUAAAAAGUGUUCUUUUAGUUGGGAUUUUCAUAGCUGUAGUGCACAGAGUCAAGAGAAUGGAUCUGAACAAGAAGGGGGUUCUUUUAUCUUAUGAUGGAGAACUAAAAAAAAAUGACACCUUCGGCGACACUACCCUACGCUUGAAUUGCCUUGGUUUUGGAGGUGGCGAUGCAGGUAGAUCUAGGUGUAACCAGAACAGUCUUGGGGUUAACUUCCCCAAUGCUUUUGAUGACAGUUGCCGAUUGGUGCUUGGGUUGGGUCCAACACCAAGUGCAUACUCUGAUAGUUAUUACAAUGUGGACUUCAAGAAGAACAAGGGAUUAGCUACAACAUUGCCUCAGAGGUUUUCAGCUGGGGGUGAUUCAAUCCUACAACUCAGUCUUUCCGGAGGUGCUAACGACUCUUCAAGUGUGCUUGAUAUUUCAGUUUCAACAGAGACUGAUAUUAAUAACUUCUCUCUCCGAAACCAAGUAUUUGCUGAAGAUAAUCAUCUUAUGAUUCCUGUUGUUGACGAAGGCUCUACCUCAGCAAAGAAAUCAGGUGGGUAUAUGCCAUCACUUCUUUUGGCUCCAAGAAUGGACAGUGACAAGGUUUCGAUCCAAACUCAAGUUCUAGAGCUUGGGGCUAAAUCCCAGCCGAGCCAUGAACCAUCCACUACCUCAGAGUACUCAGUGGGCACUAGCUCUGAGCAAGCAACUACAGGAGCAUCUUCUGACCACCGCAGCAGCAAUUUUAAGAAAUGCAAAUUUUUGGGCUGCACAAAAGGAGCACGAGGGGCAUCUGGUCUUUGUAUUGGUCAUGGGGGCGGACAGAGAUGCCAAAAACAAGGGUGUAACAAGGGUGCUGAGAGCCGAACCGCCUAUUGUAAGGCCCAUGGUGGAGGCAAGAGAUGCCUGUACUUGGGUUGCACUAAAAGCGCUGAGGGGAAGACGGAAUAUUGCAUAGCACAUGGUGGUGGCCGACGAUGUGGAUAUCAAGAUGGGUGCAACAAGGCUGCGCGGGGCAAAUCAGGCCUUUGCAUUAGACAUGGAGGGGGUAAGAGGUGUAAGGUGGAGGGCUGCACCCGUAGCGCUGAAGGACAAGCUGGUUUGUGCAUCUCUCAUGGGGGUGGACGCCGUUGUCAGUACCAGGAAUGUACCAAGGGUGCACAAGGGAGCACUGUAUUUUGCAAGGCACAUGGUGGCGGAAAGCGUUGCAUAUUUGCCGAGUGCACCAAAGGUGCCGAAGGGAGCACGCCAUUGUGUAAGGGGCAUGGUGGAGGAAAGCGCUGCCUCUUUGAUGGUGGUGGAAUUUGCCCAAAGAGUGUCCAUGGGGGCACGAACUACUGUGUUGCCCAUGGUGGUGGAAAGAGAUGCGUCGUAGCAGGUUGCACAAAGAGUGCACGUGGUCGCACAGAUUGUUGCGUUAGGCACGGGGGAGGGAAGCGGUGCAAAUUUGAAAACUGUGGGAAGAGUGCACAAGGGAGCACAGAUUUCUGCAAGGCGCAUGGUGGGGGAAAGAGAUGCACAUGGGGAGAGGGAAAAUGCGAGAAAUUUGCAAGGGGCAAGAGUGGUCUUUGUGCUGCUCACAGUAGCAUGGUGCAGGAGUGGGAGGCAAACAAGGGAGGCCUAAUUGCACCAGGGCUCUUCCAUGGUCUUGUAUCUGCUGCUUCAAUUUCAGGAAGCAGGUUUGGGAACACUAGUUCUUCCUCCAGAGUUAGUGUUGCCCCGAACUGCAUUGGGUCGUUGGAAAAGCCGGGGAAAAAGCAACAUCUCAUACCCCCGCAGGUGUUGGUUCCUUCAUCAAUGAAGUCAUCAAAUUCAAGUUUCUUGAGUGCUGAGAAGGCAAGGGGGGGAGGGAUGGAUGGGCAAGGCAUUGGCAUUGACAAUAAUGGUGGGAGCAAAAGCUUUGAGUUUAUGGUUCCGGAGGGGAGAGUCCACGGUGGGGGUCUCAUGUCAUUGUUUGGGGGUAAUCUGAAGAAUGCAAUUGAUGGGAUAUAAAUUCAAAAGAUGUACAUUUUUUAUGUUGUGAAUUAGGGAGAUUUCAAUGGUGAAUUGUGCAUAAGGUUGGAUAUGCUUGUAACGUUCAAAAGACUCAUAAAAUAGUUUGUGUCAAUGAAUAGGGUUUUUAUGUUGUGCUUUUA